AUGAGAGAACAGAUUCUGCGUAGUUUAUUCGGCUCCACAAAAAGUGAGCGGGCGGGGCGGUCAGUGCACGACGGGGACGACCCCUCGCACCUGCCAAAAGGCACGGGGUUUAACGAAUAUUUGGACCAUUUUGUACGCAUGCCGGAGAUGUUGGUGGAGAUUGAGUUUUACUUUGCCCUUACGAUACUUGGUAUGGCGGAGAAUCUCCUGUCGAUGUUACUCCUUCCACUGAAGUGUAUUGUAGCAUUUCCGCGCCUCGAACGACGCGAUAUCGUGGCGUUGGUCCUCAUUGCAGUUGGCAUGUUGACAUACUGCUCCCUGUCGUUGUACGCAACACACCUAUACGCCUACCUCUACCAUGUGGUGCGGCGUACGUCAUUUAUUAAACUUGUGAUGGUCUUUAAUAUUCUUGAAGUUGUGGACAGGCUACUUUCAGCCCUCUCGCAGGAAGUGAUUGAGGUUCUAACAAUAAGCGUGCAAAAUUGGGAGAAAAAAAACCCACAACAUCCGAGACCCGAGGUACUCUUUACGCAUUCAUUAUGGCUUCCGGUUGGGAGUGCUAUACUUUCCGUGGUGUGUGUCGCGGUGCAUGCAGUGACGCUGCUGCUCUCUGUUGUCACGCUGAACGUUGCGAUGAAUGCGGAGGAUCGCCUGCUGCUGGCUCUGAUGGUGGGAACGAACCUCAGCGAAGUGAAGGGCGCGGCGUACAAGAAAUAUAACCGAGAGUCGUUACUGCAGGUGACAGCGGCGGAUGCCGUGGAACGAUUAAAGUUCCUGCUUUUUGUUCUUGUCAUGGCCUUGCAGCACAUGCACGAGCAGUUUCAUGUAUUGGAUAUUGCCGACAUGCUUCUGGUGUUUUUGGGGGAAGUGUUUGUGGAUUUUACGAAGCACCUCUUUGUAGCGAAGUUUAAUGGCAUCUCCCUUAGCGUUUACCGCACCUACGCGCAACUCACGAUACUUGACAUGGCGUCAGAAACGGUGCUCUGGCGGCUUGGCGACAACAUUCACAUCCGCUGCGUUGAUGAACCGCAACUGCGUGUGGACAACGUGAAGACACUUCUGUCGGCGAGCGACGGCUUUUUUCCAAAGUACGUAAAGCGUACUGGUUAUGUCCCUGUGCCGUAUGCAGCACUGCUACUGUGGAGUCUCUACCCGUUUGUCUCUAUGAUGCUUCUCCGUGCACCAUUACUUUUUGCGUUGUCGCUGGCGAUUCUUGUUUUAUUGAAAAUUCUCCUUUCAGAGCUCAUCCGCGGUGUCGCAACGCGAUUUGUUGUACGAUCACUCAUCGUGCUGCAACACAGCGAACCUCGCCGAGGCAAUGGUGGGGCCGCCGGUAUUCUUUUUGGCGUUUCACCUCUUGGCACACCGUUCGUUGGGUCGCUGAAGGGCGGUUCAGAGGAUGCUGACGGGGGCCCUGUUGCGACUCUGCAAUUGACAUCCUUUCUAUGCUCUCUUUUGUCCCUUGAGCCGUUCGAUCUGCAGGCCGGUAAGGCGAAACGAUAG